AUGUCAGCUCCUCAACGUGGAGACAGAGGUGGAGGCGGUCGUGGUGGCCGAGGUGGCCGAGGUGGCCGAGGAGACAGCAGUCGUGGUGGUCCUUCUGGCCGUGGUGACUCUUUCGGUGGCCGUGGCGGUCGGGGAGAUAGCCGUGGUGGUGCUGCACCCAGGGGAGAUCGUGGUGGCGGCUCCUUCCGUGGCGAUCGCGGUGGUGGUUUCAGAGGCGAUCGUGGCGGCGGCUCUUCUCGAGGCGACCGUGGUGGCUUCCAGAGUGAUCGCGGUGGUCGAGGUGGUGGAGCUCCUCGCGGUCGGGGAGGCAGCUUUCAGGUUCCCUUCCACGCUGGACCCCCCGGCAACAGCAUCUUCCUUGAAGGAAAUGUUCCUCAGCCCGAUCAGGCAGUCCAAUCCCUUGAAGACACUCGUGUCAAGGCUACCGCCGGCCAGAUGAUUCAUGGCUUCCCCGGACGUCCAGGAUACGGCACCAUGGGUAUACCCAUUGUGCUACGUGCCAACUACCUUCACUUGAAGACUGCUUUCGAGACAGGAAAUCAGGAGGUUCCUCUCUUCCGCUACGCUGUUGGCACGGCUGGCGGCGAAAAACUCAGCAAACCAAAGAUGCGUCUCCUCGUGACCAACCUCAUCAAGGACCCAGUCUUUGCCGACUGUCAGGUUGCGACUGAUUACUCAACCAUCAUCGUAACAACGAAAAAGCUGAAUCUUGGUCCUGCUGAUCGCAAGCAAGGCAAAAUCGAAGUCAUAGAUCCUAGCUUGCCUGCAUUCCAGGGACCCGACAAUGCCCGCGCACAAGAAGCGAGGAACCGUCGUACUAAGGGCUACGAACUGUCUCAGACAGGAGAAUUCAGCCUGGCUGAACUUGUUCGAGCUCUGCAAAGCACUCAGAGUGGCGCAUAUUUUGAAGCCUUGCCCGAUGUUACCCAGGUUUUGAACAUCAUAAUGGGAAAGACACCUAAUGAGACGGCCAACGUCUAUUCCUUGGGGCAGAACAAGUACUAUCCCGGUGCUGGCUCACCCUUGCUAGAGCAAGUAGACAUCAGUGGUGGUCUCCAGGCGCUUCGCGGAUACUAUGCUAGCGUUCGCACCUCUACCAACAGGAUCCUGGUCAAUUUGAAUGUCGCUAGUGCCGCGUUCUAUAAGGCGAUCCCUGUUAUGGAUCUGGUUUCAGAAUAUGUUGGCGGUGCUCCUGGUCAGACUCCAGGACCCCAAGAUGUGGCCAGAGCUGGAGCCUUCAUUCGUAUGCUACGCGUGCGUACAAACUACCUCAAAGCGCUGGGUACGAACGGAAAGCCUAAGAUGGAUGCUCAAGGUAAGCCUCAGACCGUCGCACAGACCAAAUCGAUCGUUGGACUUGCUCCAAGGCCUAGAAAUGGCAGUGCUAAGACAGUCUCCUUCUCCUGGACCGAUCACAAGAACCCCCAAGCCGCAGCUCGUAGCGUUACCGUGUUCGACUACUUCAAGACUGAGCUUGGUAUCACCCUUAGACACCCAGACUUGCCCGUCCUGAACGUUGGUACGGGAGGCGAUCCCUCAUACCUGCCCAUCGAACUGGCGACAGUCAUACCUGGCCAGCCUGUUAGGAGAUUGUUGUCAGGAGCGCAGACGACACACAUGAUCAACUUCGCAGCGAGAGCACCUCGACUUAAUGCAGAGUCUAUUGCAGGAACCCCUGGCAAUGGCCUGAAGAUGAUGGGUUUCAACGGUCCCGCACAAGUUAUGAACAAGUUCGGUUUCGAGGUUUCUAAGGAGCUCAUUACAGUACCUGGUCGUAUCUUGCCUACUCCUAAGGUAUGCUAUGGCAACAAAGAACUGCAAGCCAGAGAAGGAUCCUGGAACUUGGUCGGAACCAAGUUUUCUAAGCCAGGCUCAAUCGGAAGUUGGGCUUGUGUAGUCCUCAAUUAUGACGACCACCGGGGUGCUGCACUGCUACCUCGGGGUUCUCAGAUGCAAGGCAUGGAUGUGCUCGAUGAUAAUGGACUUUUGGCGGCCCUCGAGCGCCACUUGACCGCGUACGGAGUCCGUAUGGGCCCGCGACUCCAAACACAGCACAACACUAUUCCCCGACCUAACGAGCAUAGCCGGCACAUCAUUGACGCCAAGCUGGACGAAAUUUUCCUUAAAGCUUCGAGCCACAAAAUCGAGCUUCUCUUUAUCAUUCUCAAGGAAGCCGACAAGUGGCUGUACAGUCGCAUCAAGUACUACGGCGAUGUCAAGCACGGCUUAUUCUCGAUUAACGCUGUGGGAAGUAAGCUCCAGAAGCCCAAGGGCCAGGAUAUGUAUCUGGGCAACCUGGCUCUCAAAUUCAACAUCAAGGGUGGUGGUGUGGUCCAUACACAGCGCGACAUGUAUCCCCUUGAUGGCAAGAACACAUGCAUGCUUGUUGGCAUAGACGUAACCCACCCCUCGCCUGGCUCUGCGGAAGGCUCCCCAUCUAUAGCCGGCGUUGUUGCCAGUGUAGACGAGCACUUGUCUGCUUUCCCUGGAUCUUUGAGAUCGCAAAGGGGUAAGGAAGAGAUGGUCCAGGGGCUCACUGACAUGAUGCUCGAGCGUCUUGAGCUGUGGCGCAAGCAUAACAGAACCCUGCCUUCUAAGAUUGUCAUCUUCCGCGAUGGUGUCUCAGAAGGACAAUAUAACCUUGUGCUUGAUCUGGAACUUCCGCCUAUCCAAAAGGCUUUCGAGAAGCUCUAUGGCGACUCGAAGAAGUGGCCCAAGGUCACCAUAGUCAUUGUAGGCAAGCGACACCACACAAGAUUCUACCCUACAGACAACAAAUCCAUGGACCAAAGAACUGGAAACCCCAUGCCGGGCACCGUUGUUGACAGGGGGGUUACAAGCCAUAUCCUCUACGAUUUCUUCCUCCAAGCCCACAAGGGCCUGCAGGGAACAGCCAGGCCUGCUCACUACGUCGUCAUCAAGGAUGAACUGAACUUCGGCGCAGACGCCCUCCAGACCUGGGUCCACAAGCUUUGCUACAUGUUCAACCGAGCUACCAAGGCGGUGUCCAUCUGUCCACCUGCAUACUACGCCGACCUGAUUUGCGAGAGAGGUCGUAUGUACCUCUACUCGACGCUCAACGAGAACCAAAGUGCAAACGGCUCAGCCUACAAUGCACAGACAGCCGAGUGGACUCAAGGAGUUCACCACAGACUGAGCGAGAAGACGUUCUACAUUUGA